UAUUAGUUAAGUUAGAAGAGUAAAAAUAACAUGCAUGGGUAAUAAAAUUACAAAAGGAAUCAUAUUUCGUCCAUCGAAAAGUCUCGAAGAGAUAAACAUACGGGAACGAUUCGGUCAUAAUUCUCAGUAUCGAGUGUAAAAACAAAAUUCUUAUUGUCAUACACUCGAAUAAUCCACUAAAGAAUGCCGAUGAAAAUAUUUGUCUACAGUUCGAGGAAUUACAAAGAGUCUUUGUUAGGUACUCGAGUUACAGAGGAUUAAGACGUUACAAUGUUUAGAAGUUACAGUGUUGUAGUGUAAACAACAAGUUGAGGCAUGUAAACCUCUCACCCCCCAUGGAGCGAGGUGCAGAGUCGAAGACAUCGACACGUGCCGCUACAGUAAGAGCGAGAGGCUCGCAGUUCCUGAAAAUUCUCGGAAGUUGGCGGGGAAAUGCAAGCCAGCCACACGUACCCUUAAGUGGGGUAACACUAGUAGUGGGUACGAGGACCUCUGAGAGUCCCUAAUUGGCUAAGACGCUCGGGUAGAAACUGAUAACCAAUUACAGACACCCGAAAAGAAUAAUUUGGGGGUACAGCGAACAUAUCGCCACCACCCGAUAGAGUCAUCCAUUGUCCAUCACAUCUUGGUGAUUUUUCGUGCGCUUCAGACGUGUCUGCAGUUUCUCAAAAUUUUAUCAAAGUUCUUUGUGCUUAACAGCGUCCAUUUUCCAUUCAAUUACGUUUAAUACAGUUAUUAAAAUAUUGCAUUCAACUACAGAUAAUUAAUCUAAUAAAUUAAUUAUUCAUUAAUUGAUAGUAAUAUCAAUUAAUUACAAAUUAUUAUUCAGUAUAAUAAAUAAAUAUCUUCAUUUGUUAUACCGAUUAAUACAGUUACAGUUUUGUUCAAUAAUUAUUCUUCAACAAUUAUUAUUUAAUUGUUGAAAAGCUACAGAGUGAUUUCUUAAUUGUUUUACAAUUACUAAAUCAUUUAAUUAAAAUAAUUUUAACAGAUUUCUGUUAAAUAGUUACAGUCUGAUUUAUUAAUUAUUUUUAAUAAUUAGUAAAUUAAUCAAGUCAACGCUACAGGAAAUAUUUCACGAUAGAUUCAGUUAUUGUUUAAUAAAUCAAAGAGUGUUUAUAGUGAAACAGCACGUAUUUACAGAAAAACCAUUCAUCAGCGUCGAUCUUCGAUAAGGCUACAGUAUGUCGGGACAGGAUACUAGGAGUUUGGAGAAGGAGAUGGAGGGCCUCGAAGAGGUCCUGUUGAUCGACCUGUCCGUCGACGAUGAUGACAUAUCGACGGCUACAACAAUGCCGGAGAUUAAUUUGGGAGACGACGAAGUGAGUAAUCCCUCCCGGAAUGAGAUGCUAGGAAACCAGGAAGCAUCAGGUUACAGUCAAGAGCAGGAAGAGAUGCUAGGAGAUCCGGAAGCAUCAGGCUACAGCCAAGAGCAGGAGGAGGCCAAUCAGGAGGAGUAUGCCAGCGAUACAGGUACAGAGACCGACAGCCUGUACGAGGGUCUACCAGGAGAGCUGCCGAUGAGGCUUGAUGAAAACACUCUCUGGGACCCUAUCCGCCCAUACGUCAAGCACCUGAGAUGGCUUGACCACUUUAAACCUGGUCUGCUAAAGGCACUGGGGAAAGUGGCUGUUCGUAUGAGCCACCCCAGAGACAUCGGCUGUCCGCUCCAGGAAUUAUCUGGAGUAAAGUUCAAGAGGGCAACCACGAGUGACAUCAGAGACGCUAAUGCCACUCGUGACAUCGGAGUGCAGGUCCAGCCGCUGACAGUUGUGAGUUCCAGCACUCAGACCGAACCAGCCGAGAUGACGUUACAGACACCUAUGGAGGUGGUACACGAGUCAAUUCCAGUCACCCCAGGAACCGGAAUCACAGGAGUGUCGUCAACCUCGACACCACCAAGCACCGUUCCAGUCAAUAAGGAGGUAUCACCAGCUCGAACCUCGGGGUCCAGUAAAGAUCGACCGAAGUCACCCUCAGGAUCAGCGCGCCAAUCACUACUGGAUUGGAAUAAGAGGAUACGGGAGAGGUCAGUAGCCCCAUCAACUGUACCGACACCACCAAGAGCACCAGAAAGAAAACCAUCUUCGGUGCAAGACAGGCUCCAGCGUGCUCGAGAACCGGCACACAGCACAACAUCAGCUCUAGGAAGAGAGAACACGGCUCUAGCAGAAGAGACGAAGAGGAAGCAGUUCACGUGGAUGGGCAAGCCACGUCUCUGUUGGAACUGCCGCAAAGAAGGGCACCCAUUCAGUGCAUGCCCAGAAGCCAGGAAGACCUUUUGCCAGAUGUGCGGCAGGGCUAAUUAUACUGCCCGUACGUGUCCUAGUUGCGGCGAAAAAUGGAAAGCAAUGGGACCGUACAAGAAGGAGUACGGAGGAAAUGUUCCUCGGGAGCAGCUAAGGAAGGCUCCCCGACAUCGAGAGGACGAACAGUCACCUAAUCGUGGUCGACCAUAUUAAGAUUCCGUCUCCAGGUUACAGAUCAAAGGCAACGACAUUGGCGCUACCGGACAACGAUUACAUGAUUUAAGAUUAAUGCUACAGUUAAAUAAAAAAAAAAGCGUUUCGUACCUCGCUACGGCGUCGUACUUACAGUGGCUUGGGCCUAGUUGAGUUAUGAGAGGUUGUGAAACCGUAUGUUACAGGCAAAUUUGCAAAAACCUGCAUAGGUUUAAUUAAUAGUAUGUCUCAGGACAUACGUAAUACCGCUACAGUUAAAUGUUUCAGGUCGUGGGUUCGAGAAAACAGUGUUAAAAGUUUCGAGGAUGAGAGAGUUCGAACCACGAUCAUGGUAAAGAGAGAGAGUCAUCAUAGUAACAGCAGUACAGUUCCAGAGUCAGUAAUACAACGUAUAAUCAAGACAACAAUCACCGUACCGUAAAAUCUUCCCCAGGAGGACGGGAGUUGUGACGUUAUUUUUCGUAUGGGGGUCAACUCAAAGUGAACGUCACAAACACCAACGAAUUUUAUUGUAUUUACGAGCAUGGUAAUUCAAGACUCAUAAUUUAGCUUACAGUAAUUUACGAUUUUGAUACAGAUUUUUGAUUAAGUUAUAGUUUAAGAAUUAAAUAUGGAGUAACGUCUGGCUACAGUUAUGGAAUUUUGGGAUAAAGAAAAUAAGAAUUAGAAUCAGAAUUAUGGGGAAAUUAGUAUGGGAUAUGGCUUGAGAUUAAAGUUUGGGAAAAUGAUUGUUUGAAGUUUUGGAUUUUUGGUAUUUUGAGUAUGUGGACGAGUCAGUGUUGCCGAGGAGCGGGACUUAAAUUAGUCACCCGGUAUCAUCUGAUGAUAGAACCUAGUUCUAUCCCUCUGAGACUUCUUGGUUGAUUGCAGAGGUCUAGCUGAGAUGCUAGUGCUCCAGUAUAUAAGGAAUUUGACGGAUGCAGAAUGGGAUCAGUUUUGGAGUUUUGGUUUGGCAGGCCUCAGCAGUAAUUUUGUGACCGUUGCUGUUGUGGAAGCCGUUUGGUCAUUUUUAAAUUAUUAGUCUGACAGGCCUCAGAGGACAAGUCAUGACCACUUGUACCGCUGAGGAAGUCAUAGGUCACUUAAUUCAUAAGUUUUAUGAUCCCAGCUGAAGUCUGUUCCAGGAGAGCAACUGCCAAGGAUAUCCAUCCUCAGAAUGGUUUAGUGAGUACGUUUGGCGAGGACUUGAGCCUCCAGUUACCGUUAUAGUAAAGAUUGAGUUGGAUUUUAGAAUUUAGAAUAUAGAGGUCAGUUAUUGAUAACGAUAGGAUUGAGUUUGGGGUUUUUAGAAUUGAGAAUUGAGAGGAGGGAGUCGGAGGGAGACCUUCGAGGAGUAAGGACGUGGGCAUUCGACUCUAGUCGCUUGAAGCGAGUAGACGUGUGCAGUAAUGGCGCUACAGUUCAAGGCAUUGUGGAAAGCUACAGAUUGAGAUUAUUGAUACAGAAGUAUUAUUCAAAACAGUGUGAGACGUUACUUGAUAUUUAUUCACCAGACAUCAGGUAUGAAAUAAUUAUUAUAAAUAAUUAAUCGAGUUCGAGUCAAAAGUCUUGAGGUAUUAUGCUCCUGUUUUAAUUAAAGAAAAGAUUUAAUAUCUGAGCUAAUUAUGAGAAUAGUGUUACAUUUUUAGAGUCACGAUCAUGUUCCAUUGUUAAUAUUAUUUUAUAAAAGAAUUAUGUUUGAUUGUUAAACCAAUUAGUGUCUAAUUAACAUCGAAAUGAGACCCAUGUACGUUAGUUUUACGAUUUUGCUAAAGAGAGUGUUCUAGAGUAUCGAGUCUAUAAUUAUCGUUCUAGUUUACCAAAUAUUAUUUGAUUAUCAUUUAGUUCUAGUUAAUUAAUUGAUUUAUUUGUAAGAUAUCGAUACGUAUCGUUUAGACGUCAAUUUACCUUCUGUUAAGAUUAAUUUUAUUAUAUUCAGCAUUCGUUAUAGAGAAAAAUAUUAUUUGUACUGAGCUAUCGUAUUUUAUUUAUUGUUAAAUAGAGUUUUGGGAUUAUUGUUGUUAAAUAAAAGUUGCAAAUUCAAAAUGAAUCUACAUGACUUUGGGAAUGAUGUAACCCGGACCACUCCCUCUCUCCAUAAACCUACACACUGAGCGACACCAUGGCAUACCGUAACUCUGUUUUUAGUUUUCCAGUCUCCGUUUUGUUUUGCUAAUAAGUUCUGAGCAUUUUGUUAAGUUUUAAUUCUAGUUUUAGUUUUAGUUUUGUUUAUGCGUGGUUUUGGUGAUAAUUCCACAGAUCAAAAAUUAUCAAAAAUUUCAUGAUUUACUGGUUUGGUGAUUCCAGUGAUAAAAAUUACCUGGCGCCCUAUUCGUAUUGAGACUGGAGGCUAAACGCAGAGAACGAAGUUAUAGCGCAGAAAUUAGCGUCUAGUUUUUGUGUUAUAAUAUAUAUAUAUAUAUAUAUAUGUACAUAAAAUAGUAUACUAUUUUUCUUUAUGCCCGGUC